UAAAGGAGAGAGCUAGUUUAUAUCUUGGCGACACUCUUCAUUGAUUAUCAAGGGUAUAUUUACUGUUUAUCAAAAGAUCUAUCUGCAUCUGAUAUCUUUUGCAAGUAUCUAGUACAGAAGCAAAUUUAAAUCUUUGUAAAAUUUUCUAUUGAAUAUAAAGGGAUGUUCUUUGAUUUUUCAAAAGAUUUGUUUAUAUGUCCUAUCUCUUGCAAGUGCCUAGCACAGAGCAGAUUCAUGUCUUUAUAAAGCCCUUCAUGCGAUAUCAAAGAGACAUUUGUUUAUGAGGAGAUCUGUUUGUGUGGGCAUCUUUUGCGAGCGGCUAGUACAGAAGCAAAAUUCUGCUUUACAAUGUUUUGAUUCCUUUAUUUUCAAUACUCUUCUUAUAGAACUUCCUUUCUCACCGGGUCUCCACGAUACAAUCCAUCAAGAUAUAUCAAGUCCAAAUAGUUUUUCUACAGACUGCAAUUCAUAUUUAACAUUUUACAUUGCAUCCUAGCAGCAUGGCGAGGCCACCGGUAUAUGAACACUUUAAAGGCAGUACCGAAGAAGAACUCAAUUUACAUCGCCCAAAAAGCCCAGAUUUCAUACUUUGCCAGGUCUGUGGAUUGACCUCAAGCCUCCAUGAGCAUAACUCGUAUUUCAGUCAUGUCAAGGUUUCAAUGAAUGCUUGCAGGGGUAUGUGGUCUAUUGGUGACAAAUACUUUUUAAAAGAGAGACCAAAAGUCACUUCCGGGCUCCGUUCGCCCCCGAAUGCGGAUUAUGCGAUAACUAAACUCCUAGCUGAGAAAUCAAAUGUUCCUGUAGCAAAAGACAUGCGUACCUGGGAAGAUAAAAAUAGUGAUUGGUACUGGAUGGAGAGGUGCCCCGGCGUAACACUGUUGGAGGCGGAGGAUUCCGGCUCGUUGACUUUUGAACAGCAUCGAACAAUCGGCUAUGAGCUGGCAGAAUAUCUGGCGGAAGCACGCAAGUUUACAUCGACAAAACCAGAGGCUCCAGAUGGUUCGCGAAUCAGAGAUAGACUCUUAGGUGCUGAUAUCGACUGCGUGGAUCUCAUGACUGUCGAUCAAGAAGAAUGGUGGGCUCGUACCGAGCCCCGUCUUCGUCAGCACCCUUUAAUCACAAAUGAAUGGAAAAAGAAGUUCAAGGAGAGCUAUCCCUUCAAGGAAGGAGACAAGUAUGUACUUUCCCAUGGAGAUCUCGACGCAUCUAAUAUCAUGGUAAAAGAUGGACAUGUUACAGCUAUCAUAGAUUGGGAGCAUGGUGGCUAUCGUCCAGAAUGGUUUGAGUGGGCCAAGAUUAAAGGACGUCCAUCAGUAGUGAAGUGGUUAGAAGACCAUCCAGGAAGAGGUAGAUGGGUCCAGUUUCUUGCGGCGAGAAUGGUCGAAUUAGGCAUGAAUGUGGAGAUACCCGAUGAAGUCUAUGAAUGCAUAGAUUCUUACCGCUUUUACGUUAAGGAGCCUGGAGACGAAAAUCUUCGGGUUUACCAGUCCGAGGCGGCAGAUAGAUAUUGGUAUCAGAAAUGCACCAAUUAUACGCGUUAUCUAUUAGAGGGUGAGACAUCAGCAGCUACCCUUGCUCAUAGACGAAAAAUAAGGGAAAAGGAGGAAGCCGAACAGACAGCAGUCAUGCUAGCCUUCAACAAGCUAAGCCUCAAUGAGAAGGAUAUCUUCUUGACCGGGAAGUCGCAGCUCGGUUCUGGCCAAUCCAAACGAGAUUUGAAUGAUUCAUUUGAUGAUAGCCGGUACUAUAGCUAGUUUUUUCCUAUCACGCGAGUUACACAUAUGACGGAUUGUAUUUUAUGCGUCUUUUCUACUUUCUGUUACUAUUAGCACUAAUUCUAAUUGCAAGAUAUGUGGUGUCUCCAUUUCUAAAUUUGUCAAUUUCUAUGUAAGGAAACCCGAGCUACUAGCAAAACAAAAUAAAACACUCAUCCCUCUCAAAAUUUGCAUACAUCCAACACAGCAUAGACCCUAGCGGAUCUUCUUGAUCACCCCCAUCCACUAUUGCAUUAACCACCCCAUAUA